ACCCUUCAAAAAAAUUUUGGGUUUUGGUUGAUUUCGUGGCUCCAAUUCUACGUUUUGACGAAUCAUCGAACGGAGAUUAAAAAAAGGAGUGAGGAUGGAGGAAGGAAGUAGUCUGUGGCAACAAUGGAGUAUGUUCAGAUCUCUGUUAGCGAUUCUUCAGUGGUGGGGUUUCAACGUUACUGUUAUCAUCAUGAACAAAUGGAUCUUUCAGAAGCUGGAUUUCAAGUUUCCGUUGUCGGUUUCAUGUGUUCAUUUCAUAUGUUCAUCGAUUGGAGCUUACAUUGUGAUCAAAGUCUUAAAGCUUAAACCUUUGAUUGUGGUUGAUCCAGAAGACCGGUGGAAGAGGAUUUUUCCAAUGUCAUUUGUGUUCUGUAUCAACAUUGUGUUGGGAAACAUCAGUCUUAGAUACAUUCCUGUCUCUUUUAUGCAGACUAUCAAAUCUUUCACUCCUGCAACAACAGUUGUGUUACAGUGGUUGGUAUGGAGGAAAUAUUUUGAUUGGCGUAUUUGGGCGUCGUUGGUGCCUAUUGUUGGUGGGAUUCUUCUGACUUCUAUUACAGAACUUAGCUUUAAUGUUUUUGGAUUCUGUGCUGCUCUGUUUGGGUGUUUAGCUACCUCUACAAAGACCAUUCUUGCUGAAUCUCUUCUUCAUGGAUACAAAUUUGAUAGCAUAAACACGGUGUACUAUAUGGCGCCUUUUGCGACCAUGAUUCUCGGACUACCAGCAUUUUUACUCGAAGGGAAUGGAAUUUUGGAUUGGUUUGAAGCACACCCGUCUCCAUGGUCGGCUCUCAUGAUUAUUUUCAGCUCAGGUGUUCUAGCUUUCUGUCUUAACUUCUCCAUCUUCUAUGUCAUUCACUCCACUACAGCAGUCACAUUCAAUGUAGCUGGAAACCUCAAGGUUGCUGUGGCUGUGUUGGUAUCAUGGAUGAUAUUCAGAAACCCGAUCUCACCAAUGAAUGCUGUAGGAUGCGGAAUCACCCUAGUGGGAUGCACUUUUUAUGGAUAUGUAAGCCACAUGCUAUCUCAGAAACAACCGGGAACUCCCAGGACUCCUCGUACUCCUCGUACACCAAGGAACAAAACAGAACUGAUUCCUCUUGUUAAUGAUAAACUGGAGAGUAAAGUUUAA